AUGAAUGAUGAAGGGAUUUCAGCUUCAAUUCCUCUGUUAGGGCAUUAUAGCUGUCAAAAAUCAAGACAAUUGUUUGGAAGUGAUAAGAAUGUGUUAUCAGAUAAACAAGAUUCUCUUCACUGCAAUGAUCAAGCGUGGCGACGUCCUUCCCUUUCCCAGGUGGUUGAAGAGAUCAAAGCGCUUUAUACCAUAGCUUUUCCUAUGAUCAUCACCGGCCUACUCAUAUAUGGAAAAUCUGCCAUAUCUAUGCUUUUCAUGGGAAAAUUAGGGAAAGAGGCUUUAGCAGGAGGGUCUCUCUCCAUUGGCAUAGCAAACAUCACCGGCUACUCUGUCAUUUCCGGCCUUGCUAUGGGCAUGGAGGCCAUCUCAUCUCAAGCCUGUGGAGCCAAGCAAUGGCCUCUCAUGGGCCAAACCCUUCAACAAACGAUAGCAAUUCUCAUCUUGGCAUGCAUACCCAUUUCUCUUCUAUGGCUAAACUUUGAACCUGUCCUUAUCUUCUGUGGCCAAGACCGAGCCAUCUCUUCAAUUGCCUCCACUUACCUUGCAUUUUCACUACCAGAUCUACUCCUUCAAUCUUUCAUUAACCCUCUCAAAAUCUACCUAAGAACCCAAAACAUAACCCUCCCACUCAUGCUCAGUUCAGCUUUUGCACUAGCUCUUCAUGCCCCUAUCAGUUAUAUCCUUGCUUAUCGUUUCAGCCUUGGCAUUCAAGGCAUUGCUGUUGCAGUAACCAUAACAGACUUGAAUCUUCUCGCAGCCCUUUUUCUUUACCUUUGCUUCUCUGGCACCUGUAGAAAGUCAUGGCAAGGCUGGUCCCUUCAAUGCUUCGAUGAAUGGAAGCCAAUUCUUAGCCUAGCCAUCCCUAGUUGCAUCUCUGUGUGCUUAGAAUGGUGGUGGUAUGAGCUUAUGAUAGUCCUGUCAGGACUCCUUGCAAAUGCGCCGGAGGCAGUUGCCACUAUGGGAAUUCUAAUACAAGCAACUUCUCUAGUCUAUAUCUUCCCUUCGGCACUUAGCCUUGCCGUGUCAACUCGAGUUGGCAAUGAGUUAGGGGCAAACCAGCCCAACAAAGCCAAAACGUCCUCUAUAAUCGCAUUAUCAUGUGCCAUUUUGAUGAGUAUUAUCGCCAUGUUUUUCAUGAAAUCAAUGAGGCAUGCUUGGGGGCAACUUUUUACAACUGAUAAAGCCAUAUUGUCACUAACAGCAACUGCAAUGCCGGUGGUUGGGCUCUGUGAGCUAGGGAACUGCCCACAGACCACCGGUUGUGGGGUGUUGAGGGGCAGUGCUAGGCCAACUCUUGGUGCCAACAUAAAUUUGGGUUCCUUCUAUGGUGUUGGAUUGCCUGUGGCUAUGUUGAUGGGUAUCGCUAUGGGUUUGGGCUUGUUCGGCCUCUGGUUGGGCUUACUAGCAGCCCAAGCUGUUUGUGCUAUUGUCAUGCUGGUGGUGUUAACAAGAACAGAUUGGAAACUGCAGACAAAUCGUGCCAGAGAGCUUACUGGUACUGAUUGUGAGGGUGAAGCAGAGAGUAAAGCCCUCGAUGGAUCAAUCUCAAUCAUACUAGUUGAUUAG